CAUGCAGCAUACAGUGGGGAAGUAAAGGCACUUCCUUCUUCCUACCAUAGUGGUAGCGCUCAAACCACUGAGUUUAAUAAGACGGCUGAUACUCGUGGCAAUGGGGAUCAUGAAGCCUGUCAGAGGCUGUUUUUAACCGAUUCCUCUGCUGUUCUUUCUGGGGUUUUUACAUAGAGACGGCCAAUGUCACCGGGUUCAGUCAGGACAACCGCUCAGCUGUAGUGUAGAAAUUAAAGUGGUCGGAGCGCAGCCCUUUCUGCCACAAUGGCAGCGACGUAGCGCAACUUUUUUGGAUCCACGGUGGAUGAACGACAGCGCUCGGAGGCGCCGCAAACUUUUACAGACUUGUAGGAAACGCAGAGGAGACUGAAAACAUGAAGAAACAAUUUAAUCGCAUGAGGCAGCUCGCCAACCAGACUGUCGGAAGGGCUGAGAAAACUGAGGUGCUGAGCGAUGACCUUCUACAGAUCGAGAGGCGGAUGGAGCUGGUGCGCCUGGUGUCGCACAACACGCACAAGAGGCUGGUGUCCUGUCUGCAGGGUCAACUCGGCACAGACACUGAAAAGAGACAUAAAAAGUUGCCCCUGACGGCAUUGUCCCAGGCCAUGCAGGAGGGAGGAGGCCAGCUGGGAGACGAGAGUCUGAUUGGCAAGAUGAUGGAUGUGUGUGGGGAGGCAGAGAGUAGGUUAGCCACUGAACUGAUGCAGCAUGAAGUGCAGAUCGAGAGAGACAUCCUUGAUCCUCUUAACCAGCUGGCAGAGGUGGAGAUUCCCAAUAUACUGAAACAGAGGAAACAACUUGCCAAGCUGGUUCUGGAUUAUGACUCUGCAAAGACAAGGUUCUACCAGGCAUCAAAGUCCAAUAACCAGGCCAUGGCAGCUAAGGCAGAUUCUCUCAAAGACGAGAUGGACGAGGCUCUGAAUAAAGUAGAAAUAUGCAAGGACCAGCUCUCUGCAGACAUGUACAACUUUGCUUCCAAAGAGGGAGAGUAUGCACGCUACUAUGUCAUGUUACUAGAGGCCCAGGCAGAAUACCACAGGAGGUCUCUGGCAGCUCUGGAGGCAGCUAUACCAACAAUCCAAGUACAGCAAGACUCCUGGACAGAGAAGCCGGCGUUUGGUACGGCCCUGGAGGAGCACCUGAAGAGGAGUAACCGUGAGAUUGCUCUGCCUAUUGAGGCCUGUGUCAUGAUGCUGCUGGAAACUGGCAUGAAGGAGGAGGGACUCUUCAGAAUAGCCGCUGGAGCUUCAAAGCUGAAGAAGCUCAAGGCAGCGCUGGACUGUUCCACCUCACAGCUUGAAGAGUUUUACUCUGAUCCCCAUGCCGUCGCCGGAGCUUUGAAGUCCUACCUCAGGGAACUUCCUGAACCUCUAAUGACUUUUGGUCUGUAUGACGAGUGGCUACAGGCCUCCAAUGUGUCGGACUCUGAUAAGAGGCUUCAGGCCCUGUGGGUGACAUGUGACCGCUUGCCAAAGAGCCACAAAGCCAACCUCAGGUAUCUGGUGAAGUUUCUUGCUAAACUGGCUCAGGACAGUGAGGUUAAUAAAAUGACUCCCAGCAACAUCGCCAUUGUUCUGGGACCCAACCUGCUUUGGGCAAAGACAGAGGGGACGCUGGCAGAAAUGGCAGCAGCUACAUCUGUGCAUGUGGUCGCCAUAAUUGAGCCCAUCAUCCAGCAUGCUGAUUGGUUCUUCCCUGAAGAGGUGGACUUCAAUGUGUCAGGCAUGUUCGCCAUGCCCACCCACCCAGCCACCCCAGACCCUGAACCUGGCAUGGACAGGAAACGCCCUGGCAGCCUAGUGGGGCAGGACGGGGACAGUCACACUCCCCGUAAAGACAGCACUGUUAACAAACAGCCGGAGCCCACUCCACGUAGAGCCAGCGCUGUAAAUAGAAAGCAGCCACAGCUAACCUCACCCACCUUCCAACCCCCACUGCCCCCUCUGGAAGCUUGGGGUGCUACCCAGCCUGAGCCCCAGCCCCAGGCUUCGUUCCCGGUUGCAGAGAAUGAGCAGCCUGGCUUGAGUGGAGCUGGUGGUGGUGUUGGUGGUGGUGGAGGUGGUGGUCUGGGUGGUGGGGUCCAGGUAGCCACAGUACAACCUCAGGUUGUAACCCAGCUCAGCGCAGAGGAGAGCAGCCCAGCCCGUGAGCUCAUGUCCACCCCCCCUCCCCAGAGGAAUGGUUCAGUCCAUCUUUCAGUAGGAGCCCCCCACUCUCAGGGUGGAUCCAGGGGGCCUAGUCCACACAUGGUCCGCCGAGGCACCAAGAAGCAGGCCCCAGCCCCGCCAAAACAGGCCAGCCCCUUCGCCUCCCAACCCAGUAACACCCAGACACCCGGGUCACCUCAUCACCCACCCAUCACACCCAGACGCCACCCCAGCAAAGACGGACCAAUCCACGCCCCGAGCCACCCACCCCCGCAGCCUCCGCCGCCCCACCAGGCCCAGGGGGAGUCAGAGCCCUCACCCCCAAGCACACCCACCCCUCCUGACACUCCACCUCAUGACGGGCUCCACUCCAACCCGCUGUCCUACCACUCUGGAUCUCUCCCUCGCCCCUCUAGGCCGGCACCGAGGCCACGGCCCCGGCCCAGCAUGCCGCCACCCCCACAGCCUGCAGCGAAUGACAAUGGAAAUGGCCUCUGCAGCUCUGCCUCCAAGAUCAUAACAGAUGGAGGCCUGGUCCUAAAGGGGAUUGGACGAGCCCUCGUCCCCGAGGUGAUUGUGGACCAACAGGGGGAAAGCUUUGCUGGUCAAGAGCCCGCCCCCACCCCAGCCCCACCCCCAGACCCUUACAACGAGACAGAGAGCACCCUUCUGUGAAAAAAAGAGGGAUCACUGUCAUCGAAAUCACUCAGCUGGUCCACAUUUGAAUGUUUUUAGAAUCAAAUAUCAGACAGGUAACCCAAGAUGCAUCAGUUCACUCCAAUUCUUUACGCUCCACUCACAUGAUGCCAGACUGCUUUCUGGAAAAAAAAUGCCUGCCUUUUUCUUCUAUUAUACUGAAUCAAAACAGAAACCUCAUCUUAUUACAGUGGUUUAAACCACAAAACCCCUGUCCACUACUUUCCAUAUUAGACUUCAUAUUGAACUCUUGUUGCUCUAUUUUGAGAUUGGACUGCAAAGCCUUGCUAGACACAAGGUUAAUGGGACUUAAACAUAUAACCUCAGCAAUAUAGCAGCUGAACUCAGAGUGCUGAUGAGGUGUUUGAAGCUUUCACUUACCCCUUUUCCUUUUACAAUCUUGCUGUUGAUACUAAAGCUUAGUGCUGACACAGAUCUGUGAAUCUGGUUUUAGCACCUGGUCUGGCCACAUAGACCCAAUUACUAGUACUUUUUUAUUCCACACCACAGUUGUGUGGAGCCAUUUGAGUGUUAGCCAGCCAAUGAUGAUCUGUUUAUCAAGUAACAAAAUCAUAUACAGACAUUUUCACUUUCCAAUUCAUCAGUUUCAACUGGCUUAAUGUGAUGUUCAGCUGAGAAGGGCUUCUGAAUAAUUGUCAUACACUUGAGUACUGCAUUACAAAGGACCAAAGACAUGGCUAUGGGCCAAAGGAAACUAAAAUCAAAUUUAGAGCUGCUUGGUUUGUAUUAAGGUUAUUAAUGACCAAAUAUUUUGGCAAGAGUGCAAUAUAAAAUGCAGUCAUACUCCAGUACUGUCAUCUCUACGAGACAUAGACUAGUUUUUGGCAUUUCAGGCAGUUUCCCUUUACAUCAUAAUGUGUAGUAAUCCAGUGGAGUAAAAUAUAAUUUUGUUUUCUACUUGACUUAAUUUACCAGUUUCAAAUGGCUCAAAGAUUAGCUUUUAUUUUGAAAUGGUUUUUUUUCUACCAAAUUGUAAUUUUAAGAAACUGAUUUUCAUUACAUAGCAUGUAAGUGAUGACUCCUCCCACUCAAGCUCAAGGCCAAAUAAUUGAUCAAUAAUUGAAAUCAUCCUUGUGUAUACAUUUUUACAAUGGCUGACAAUCUUUACCUUUGUUGGGGUAUUUUUCAGCUCUUUGAUUAUGUUUUUUUUUUCCUCUCAGCAUUUUUAUGGUGUUUUUUUUCCUGCACAUAUUGCAUCAUACAGAGCAUCAUUACUCUUAAUAAUAAAAGACUGUUCAACAUUUUA